GUAGAGAAGUUCUGCAAGGCGUAUUUCAAAACUGAAAGUCAGUGUGACAUGGUCGAUAACAACCUCUCUGAAACCUUCAAUGGCUGGAUACUUGAAGCAAGGUGCAAGCCAAUUAUAACCAUGUUGGAGGAGAUACGAGUCCAAGUCAUGAAGAGGUUGCACGUUAAAAGAAGAGUUGGAACCACAUGGAUUACUAACAUAGCUCCGAGGGCAUUGCAGCGCUUAGAUAAAGCAACAUUUAAGAGUCAUGACUAGGAACUGGAUUGGAAUGGCGAUGAUGAUUAUGAAGUAAAAUCUGUUUAUAACUCUGAAAAUAGGCAUAUUGUCAAUUUAGCAAGACAGACAUGUACGUGCAGGGAAUGGGAUUUGUGUGGUAUCCCUUGCUGCCAUGCUGUAUGUGCCAUUUCCAGUGCUGGUAAAGAUCCUAACAAGUAUGUGGCUCACUGGUAUAAGAAGGAGGCUUAUGCGACGACUUACUCCCACAUGAUGCAACCUGUUAGGGGUAACUUGUUUUGGGAAGAAACUGGGAAAGAAGCUAUUGCUCCACCACGAGUGAUGAAGUUACCUGGCAGGCCUAAAAAGGCAAGAACCAGGGAUCCGAAUGAACCACGAAAGAAGACCGGCAAGCUAUCUCGAUUUGGCCGUGUCAUGACUUGUAGAAUUUGCAAAGCCCCUGACCAUAAUAUCAGACGAUGUCCACAAUAUCAGCAGGAGGGUGUUAAUAUUACUACCAAUCGUAGAAAACGCAAUCGAAACACUAACCCUGAAACCUCAAAUAAUGUUUCUGCUUCUGCUUCUCUGUUAAGAGAUCACAUUAGGGAUAAGAAUACAAGGUCUGUCCGUGGAAGAGCAAGUACCAGCCAGCCUACUACUAGCCAGCCAACUCCAACUAUACCCAGCCAGCCAACUCCUAGGCCACCAACAAGCUACAGCCAACCACCUCUGAGACCAACAACUAGGAGUCAAGUCAAUGACAAAGGAAAAGCUCCUGCAACUUCAAGUGCUCGUAAUGGAAAGAGUAAAGAACCUAUGGUAAGUUAUUUCAAGAGAGGUAGAAUUUCUGGGUUAGGAGUUUAUAUUGAUGAGAGGACCGGGGUGGCAGUUUGGAAUCCUGGUACAAGGUCAGCUAGAAAUGUGUUCGGAGGCUAUGGUAGCUCGAGCCAAAGUCCACGCCGUGGAAGGUCCAACUCAAGGCAGCUUCACAUUGAUGGUUGAUGAAGGCAGCUUGUAGUUAUUUUGUAUAGUUAACAAAAUAUGACAUUGUUAACAGCUUUUUUGUGCAAUUGCUCAGAUUAGCUUUUUGAGCAAUUUAGCAUAGCUAACUAUAA